AUGCAGAAAAUGUCCUCUGCAGAUCUUCUAUGGGGAUAUCAAAGUUUAAAGAAAAAGAAAAAAAAAAGUGUCUCCAAGGAAUAUUUUCCCAUGGAGAGGCUUAUCUCAAGAAGGACUUCACAUUUAUCGGUGAGCAAAUAAUUUUACGCCGAUUAUUUUAUCCCUUAAUACAAAGUGGUCCAUUAACGCUUUAAACUUUCCAUUUCCAGACUCGAUAUUUGGUAAAGUGGAAAGGCUAUAGCGCCUUCUUUAAUAGUUAG